AUGGCCGCAAUGGGCACUCCAAGCCGACAGGCCAUCCUGAUUCUCUAUCACAAUAUGCUGCGAACCUCACAUUCGUUCAGCUCGUAUAACUUCCGCGAGUACUUCGUGCAGCGGACGAAAGACACGUUUCGAAAGAUUCAGAACGAAUCAGACCCAGAGAAAGUCCGCUCGUUGUACUCUGAGGCUGUCAGGGACAGCACCGUCCUCAGGCGCAGCGCUCUUGUCAAUCAGCUGUAUGGAGGCUGGAAGCUUGCCGUCGAGGUGAAGGACGCGGAGAAGGAUCCAAAUGCAAUCAAGGAGCGGUCAGAUUCGUAG